CGCAGUUCCACACGUCUGGCAGAUCGCGCUGUAGCGGAGAGCGAAGCGGGCUGGCGUUGGGUACCGCGAGCAAUACGCUGAGGGACGCAGCACCGGAUACACUGAGGUGCACAGUAUUGGAUCUUCUGGAUUAUGAGUCUCCGGCUCCUUCUGGAUUUAUGACCCCGAACUCCCCAUGAUGGGCUGAGAGCGACCUGCGCGAGGAGGAUGACCCACAGAGCCAGCCCGGUGAAAGCCUACGACUUCCUGCUCAAGUUCCUGCUGGUCGGAGACAGCGAUGUCGGCAAAGGAGAGAUCCUGGCCAGCCUGCAGGACGGCGCCACCGAGUCCCCCUACGGCUAUAACAUGGGAAUUGACUACAAAACGACAACCAUCCUUCUGGACGGCCGGAGGAUAAAACUGCAGCUCUGGGACACCUCAGGACAAGGACGGUUUUGCACUAUUUUUCGUUCUUAUUCCCGGGGAGCUCAGGGCGUGAUCCUGGUUUAUGACAUCACAAAUCGGUGGUCUUUUGAUGGAAUUGACCGAUGGAUAAAGGAGAUUGAUGAGCAUGCCCCUGGGGUGCCCAAAAUCCUGGUGGGAAACCGCCUCCACCUGGCGUUCAAGCGCCAGGUCUCUACGGAGCAAGCCCAGAGCUACGCCGAGCGCCUGGGGAUGACGUUUUUUGAAGUCAGUCCGUUGUGCAACUUUAAUAUCACGGAGUCCUUCACGGAGCUGGCAAGGAUAGUGUUAAUGCGCCAUGGCAUGGACCGAUUGUGGAGGCCAAACAAGGUACUGAGCUUGCAGGACCUCUGCUGCCGGGCGAUCGUGUCCUGCACGCCGGUGCAUUUGGUGGACAAGCUCCCUCUGCCGGUUGCCUUAAGAAGCCAUCUGAAGUCUUUCUCCAUGGCCAACGGCCUGAACGCCAGAAUGAUGCACGGCCGCUCCUACUCUCUCACUGCCAACAACGCCAACAAGAGGAACAGCCUCAAAAAAGCCAAGAUUAUCCGUCCCCCCCAGAGCCCCCCGAAAAACUGCUCCAGAAACAGCUGCAAGAUCUCCUAGUCGCCGACCGCCAAGCUGGAGCGGAGCCUCGGGAGAGCCGCCUGUCUCCGGAGCCGGGAGGAGCGAGAGAGCGUUCCGCGGAGCGGGAAGUAACGGAAGGAUCUGUCUUCUGGUGAUAAAGCUGCUUUGAUUUGGGCGAAAGGACGCGUUCUUACGAGUCUGCGAGCCGUCGCCGUGCGGUAACCGCCGCGUACAAAAUGCAUGAGGAUUUUUAUUUCCUUUUUUUUUUUUGUGUUUGACCUUUUUUUGUGCUUAUAAAGGGAAUUCAUUUUGCGUAAUUCAGAGCUUGUGAUGGAAUCCGUACCCAGCCUCGCGUUUCCGUGUAACACGCCAACUGCACACUUGCUUUUAUUUUUUUAAGGUAAGUUAAUUUGCGGAAUAAUCGCAGACGGGAACAUUUAGAGAGCGCGGACCCCCCCAGCAAACAAGGGGUGCAGCGACCCAAACUAUAAUCUGAUCUUUCUAGAUUUUUAUUGCUUUUUUUAAUAAAACUUUAAAAUGAAGUUCAGAUUUGUAACCCAGAGGCACUACAUACGCUGCAGAGAUGUACAAAGGAUGCACUCACCGUUAUAUUUGUGUAUGAAACCGGUUCUUUGAUAAUGGUUUGGUUUUUUUUUGCGUUUUUAUUUUAAUUGUUAUUUAAUAUUUUCUGGGAUUAAUCAGUGAUUAUAUAUAAUAUAUAUGCUUCUAUUUCUGUAAAAUUGACCAUUUUGUACCAGAUGUAAUAAGCGUUGCCGUGUUUUAAAGAGGAGGAAAAAAAAACAAAAAAAGCCAAAGACGUGUUUGACUUUUGAGCGUUUUCUCGUGCGAGGAAUCGGUGAACGGGACGUGAUUUGAUGAACUGUUUUAUAAGAGAGAACACUAUUAUUUAAAAAAUAAAUGUCUUUCAACAGCC